AUUCUGAAAUGGCAAGCAAAGUUCCUUUUACGUGAACGGGGGGAUAAUUUAUUGUCGUACCGACUUCCUGCAUUGUGUUGGUAGUUACAUUAUGGCAAGCCAGAAAAUGAAAACACCAAAGGACAGCGACAAAUAUUCUGUGCUGCUCCCUACCUAUAACGAGCGAGAAAACCUGCCUUUAAUAGUAUGGCUUUUAGUGAAAUAUUUCUCGGAAAGUGGAAAUAAAUAUGAAAUUAUUAUUAUUGAUGAUGGGAGUCCAGAUGGCACCCAGGAUAUAGCUGAACAUUUGCAGAAGAUCUAUGGUUCAGACAUAAUUUUACUGCGACCCAGAAAAAAGAAAUUGGGCUUGGGUACUGCAUAUAUCCAUGGCAUGCAACAUGCGUCUGGAAACUUCAUUAUAAUAAUGGAUGCUGACCUGUCCCACCAUCCAAAGUUUAUACCUCAAUUCAUAAGGAAACAGAAAGAGUCUGGUUAUGACAUUGUUUCAGGGACUCGAUAUAGUGGAAUUGGAGGCGUUUAUGGCUGGGAUUUGAGAAGAAAGUUGAUCAGUCGUGGGGCAAAUUUUAUUACUCAAGUACUUCUGAGACCUGGCACAUCUGACCUGACUGGCAGUUUCAGAUUGUAUAAAAAAGAAGUUCUUCAAAAACUCAUUGAAAAGUGUGUUUCGAAAGGGUAUGUUUUCCAAAUGGAAAUGAUUGUUAGAGCCAAGCAACUUGGGUACAGUGUUGGAGAGGUUCCUAUUUCAUUUGUUGACCGUGUUUAUGGAGAAUCCAAACUUGGAGGGAAUGAAAUAGUCUCCUUCUUAAAAGGGUUAAUGACUCUAUUUGCAACAACAUAACCCAAUAGUUUGGUCUCUAUGUAUGUUUCAUGAUGUUCAUUAAUAAUUCAAUUGAUUUAUUAAUACACUGCUACAAGCACAUUUGAAGAUACAUUGUCAUUUUGAAAAGACUAAUAUUAGCAUCAAAACAUCUCAUGAGGAUUUAUGAAAUUAUCUGUAUAUUCUCUUCCCUGCUCUCUUUUUAUCAGUAUAAACCCUGGCCUGUCGUCCUUUCUCCAGCUAUGUAUUUGCUCACUCUGAUUUUGUACUUGUUAAACUCCUGGCAGUGGGGUGACUUUAAAAACCACCACAGGCUUAAUACUUACCAAACCACAAGUUACUUCUGGGAAAAGAGACGGUCUGGAAUGCCCUUUAGCCUUCUUUGCCCCCCCCUUAUAAAGCCCCAUCACAAUUAUGCUUGCUUCUGUUUUUUACAUUAUAAUUUCAGUAAAAUUUUGUUUUUAACAAAAUCAAAGAAGUAACAUUGUACAACACUGUUUUCAGUUGGGAGAGUGUGUAUUUCUAUGCUUGUAGCAUUAUAUGCAUGCUACUACCUCAGAAGGUUUUUUUACCUGUACUUAAAUUCUAAGGCCAUUGACAUGGUGGCACUGGAAUUGCUGAAUUAGCAAUAAAGAUAACAGUAAUGUUA